AUGGCAACUGAAUCCUCGGUUCCUCCCAACCCAACGGACCAGAAACCCCAAAACCCAGCUUCCGAGGUUGUACAGCCAACACUUGAGAAUCAGCAAGAUAUGGCGGAGGCAUCUAAAGAAAGUUCUCCACCAUCUGUGUUUGUGAACUCAGAACCAAUGCGAGAGGACCAAGUGCAAAAUGCUGUAAAGUUCCUUUCACACCCGAGAGUUAGGGGAUCUCCGGUCAUAUAUAGACGAUCCUUUCUUGAGAGGAAGGGCCUCACGAAGGAGGAGAUAGAUGAAGCCUUUCGCCGUGUGCCUGAUCCGACCCCAACUAUUUCCAAUGCGCCGACAACUGUUACAAAUCAAGAUUCGCAUGCGAAGUCUUCAGCAAAUAUUAAUCCACAGGCUCCAAGUCAAAGUCUGCAGCCUGCAGUAGUCACUCCGGCUGGUGUCAUUUCUAAAGUAGGAACCUUUUCCAGAUUCCACUGGUCCCAUGCUCUUCUUGCUGUAGGAGUACUGGCUGCUUCAGGAGCUGGAACAGCCGUACUUUUUAAGAAAACUAUCAUUCCUACUUUGAAGUCUUGGAUUCGCAAAGUUGUAAUGGAAGAAGAAGAGGAUCCUGUGGCCAAAUCAAACUCAAAACCAAGUUUGACAGAGGAAGCUGCUGCUGCUGCAAAAGCUGCUGCAGCUGCAGCUGCUGAAGUGGCACAGGCAAGCCAGGAAAUGUUGGUUUCAAAAACUGAAGAGAAUAGAUACUUCAAGGAACUUAUGGAUCUGUUAGGUGUGCAAGUACGGGAAAUGAAGUCAAUGAGUAAAGCCAUACAGAAGUUGGAAGGUAGGAGAGAAGCUAUUGUCGAUUACACGCUUGAGAAUUUGUUUCCUUUAUUGUUAUCUGCGAAGUGUACACUCUCUUUGUAUAUCAGCUUUUUGCCAACUGUAGAUAACCCGGAGAGAACAGAAGUUCAGUUUUUCUCUAUUGGCUCCUGCAAAUCUAUAAUUGUUGAGGUUGUGACCCCAGAAUGGGUUGAUUAUUUUGAGCACUUAACAGAAAGGAAUAUUGUUGGUCUGAAGGGUAGUGCUACCACAUUCUCAAGACAAAGUAAUACCCCUAGAAGAAUAUCUAUUGCUGAACAAGAUGAUCAUAGAGUCUCAGUCUCAAGGCAAUCAUAUGCAAAUGGCAAUGCGGACUUUGACUUGCGUUCAGGGAGAUCUUCAUCUCCACCUGCCACUGUGGAAUCCUCUGUUGCACCUCACCCAAAGUCAUAUGCAGAGAGCGUGGCAAUGGUUCAAAGAGGAGAGAGACCUCCUAACAUUAGAAAGAUCAAUGAUCUACCAUCCAAUCCUAAUCAGCCAGUGUCUAUUCCUCACAUAACACCCAGACCUCAGCCUUGGGAGUUCGGUCUAGCUCAGAAUACCUCAAACCAUGUGCUUCAUUCUCAAGAAAGUAGUGAUGGCUUGGACUCCAUUUUUCAGGACAAUGGACUCGGUAAUCAGUUGAAUGGAGACAGUUCAGUGCCUUGGUGGCAACGAAAAAAUGUCAGAAUCACAGAAAUUGAGAGUGAAGAUGAACACAAGACUGGGUCUUCUAGUGUGCUAACCAAUGGCCGACCAGUUCAACGCUCGUGGGUUCCUCCCCAGCCACCUCCUGUGGUAAUGCCAGAAGCAGCUGCAGCCAUUCGACAGCCAAAAAAAUCAUUAAUUCAAAAAGAAGAAUUGACAGAUGAUCAGUUACUGGCCCGUUCUUCAGAUAUAACCGAUGAGUUGCAAAGGAUCACAAAAAUAUCAGAGUCAGGAGGUGUAGAAGAGACUAAUGGUGGGAUCUCUGAGCUGAACAGAAAUGAGAUACAAAACGAAGACAACUCUUACAUUGAGACUUAAAGAGAGUAACUGAAAGGGGUCGAUCUAAGGUACUUAUUUCCAUCAUUAUUAGUUGAUAACGAUAAUCCAAGGACUUGUUUGUUGCAAUUAUCAAUCCAUUUGAUCACGUACGUGUAUGUACCUGAACUGUGUUAAGAAAUAUAGGGUUAUUUUGUUUAUUAAGGGUAAAAUAGUCCUUUAUUUUUUUUUUGUUUAGUCUAUAUAUAGUCUCUUUGUAUUUAGGUUAAAUCACUUAUUUGUAUUCAAUUGAAUUAUGCAGUAUCAAUAAAACUCUAGCCUCCUCUUUUCUUAUCUUUUGUAUUUCUCUUUUAUUAGAUUGUUUAACA